AUGGGAGACUACGGCGAUCUGAUCUUGGCGCUCGCCGAGGAUGAGCGAUGGCGCGAUGGCGCUAUCUACGUGAUGCCAUCUGCGAUGACAAAAGUGGAAUCUGUUCCUUCACGGUCCUCCUGGAACUCGGCGGGCAAUCGUGAUAUUUCCGCGCCAGAUGCACCAUCCGAUUUUCGAUCAUUUGACAUGACAGAAGACAUAUGCAUGGAUGGUCUCUGA